AUGGGUGGUACGAAUGGACAAGUGGUAGCUGGUGGUCAUGGUCAAGGAAAUCGAUCGGAUCAAUUGGCGUAUCCAACCGAUGUAUUGAUCGACAAAGAGAGUGAUAGUCUCAUUAUUUGUGAUCUAGGGAAUCAACGCGUCGUACAAUGGUCUCGUCGAAGUGGCACAACUCAAGGAAAAAUCCUCAUCGACAACAUCGAUUGUUACGGAUUGGCCAUGGAUGAUCAGAGAUAUCUCUACGUAUCUGACUACACGAAACAUGAAGUAAGACGAUAUCAAAUAGGAGACAAGAAUGGAACUCUCAUGGCCGGUGGCCAUCGCAAUGGUACUGGUCUCAAUCAACUCUACGCUCCAGGCUACAUCUUUGUCGAUCGACAACAGAGUGUCUACGUGUCAGACUACCGCAAUCAUCGUGUGAUGAAAUGGAAUAAAGGUGCAAAAAAAGGAAUUGUCGUUGCUGGAGGUCAAGGCGAAGGGAGUGCUAUGACACAAUUGUCGCUUCCUCAAGGUCUGUUCGUCGAUACCUUGGGUACCAUCUAUGUGGCAGACAAGGCGAAUAAUCGAGUGAUGCGUUGGCCUAAAGAAGCGAAACAGGGCACUGUCAUUGCGGGUGGAAAUGGUCAAGGAGCAGGAGCAAAUCAGUUCAGCGAUCUCGAAGGUUUGUCUUUCGAUCGACAUGGCAAUCUCUAUGUUGCCGAUGUGCGGAAUAAUCGUAUUCAACGUUUUUCAAUCGAAUAAACUCAAAACGAUGGAUUAGUUUUUUUCUUUUCCUUCAAAUAAACCACGUUGAAUUGAUGGAAAGAAUGGUUAUUCUAUUCGUGCGAGACCAGAAACCAUCCUGGUGGAGCCGUGGCGAGCGAGGGUAAGUUUAUAUACGUAAGUAGAUACUAAGCGAUCAUACGAUGCAUUUCGACAGUUGCUUAGGCUGUCAUCAUCAGGCAUGUUCGGGGUGUGGGGUGAGGGUGAGUUUUAUUUUGAACCCUCCGAGAAGGGUUUGAGUGUCUGUCAUCAUCGAUCAACCCACAAGGAGCUGUACAGCAGAUCUAAGAGGAAUUCGAUUGCCAGUGCAUCAUCCAUCUCGUGAAUGACGAUACAUUAUCCAAAGCUAAGGGUGAUGGUGAGAUGAGCUGCCAUAACCGGUUUCGAAGUGACUCAAUUUAUGUUGCUGAAAGCAGGGUGUGAGUGUGGGUGUGGGUGUGGGUGUGGGUGUGGGUGGGUGUGGUGUGGGUGUGGCUGUGGCUGUGGGUGGUGUGGGUGUGGGUGUGGGUGGUGUGGGUGUGGGUGUGGGUGUGGGUGUGGGUGUGGGUGCGGGUGUGGGUGAUGUGGGUGUGGGUGGGAGUGUGGGUUUAGUUGUUGACUUCACCCAAACCCACUCCACACCCACCCCGCAUCUACACCCACCCACACCCACAUUCACCGACACCCACACCCAUAGCCACACCCCACCCACACCCACACCCACCCACACCGACACCCCACACCCCACCCACACUCACACCCACACCCACACCCACACCCACACC